AUGAAGCUCCCCCUUGUUUCCACAAGCAACAAACCCGCCAAUGCACCAUCUACAGCAGAUCCCCCAGAUCCUCUGCAGACGCAACAAACUGAAAAGCAUACACCAACGCCAGUUGAUGAUUAUGGGAGUCUUAGCGAUCAGGAGGAACCCCAGUACCCCGGAAAGGCCAAGCUUAUCCUCAUCGCCCUUAGCUUGAGCCUCUGCAUGUUCCUUGUAGGGCUAGACAACACAAUUAUUUCCAGCGCUAUUCCCAAGAUCACCGAUGAUUUCCACGCGUUAGAAGAUGUUGGGUGGUACGCAAGUGCCUACAUGCUCACAGUGUGUGCCUUCCAGCUCAUCUGGGGGAAGCUCUUCACAUUCUACACCAUCAAAUGGGUCUACCUGGUCUCCCUGUUUAUAUUCGAACUGGGCUCGUUGAUCUGUGGUGUGGCGCCUACAUCUACUGCCCUGAUUGUGGGGCGUGCUAUUGCCGGAAUUGGCGGUGGUGGUGUCACGAACGGCUCAUUUUUGUUGAUCGCCCACUCGGUGCCACCACGCCGACGCCCUAUGUUGAUUGGAGCCCUCGGUGCUAUGUACGGAUUUUCGGCCAUUGCUGGUCCUUUGAUCGGGGGCGCCUUUACCAAUAGCGCUAAACUCACUUGGAGGUGGUGUUUCUACAUUAACCUUCCUCUUGGGUUUGUUGCCGGUCUUGUCAUUCUCUUCUGCGUUUCAUCUUUCAAAGGAAGUAAAGCGGGUAAACUUGGCUUCAUCAAUCAACUGAAGCAGAUGGAUAUUCUCGGUACCCUCUGUUUACUCCCUGGUAUCAUUUGCUUGCUUCUUGCCCUGCAAUGGGGUGGUACCAAAUAUCCAUGGAGCAAUGGUCGAAUCAUUGCCCUCUUUGUGUUAGCCUUCGUUAUUUUGAUCGUUUUCGGGAUUAUUCAGGUUCGGUCUGGUGAACUUGCGACCGUCCCAAAGCGAAUCUUCUGCAACCGCAACAUUUGGGGCUCAUCCUUGUUCGGCUCUUGCACCGUCGCUGCCUUUUUCGUUAUGCUAUAUUACAUUCCCAUUUGGUUCCAAGCCAUUAAGGGAGCCACCCCAAUCAAGUCCGGUGUCAUGAGUCUUCCUCUUGUCCUGAGCUACGUGAUAUUCUCGUUCGCGACGGGCGGACUUACUUCCGUGCUUGGGUAUUAUGUCCAAUGGGCCUAUAUGACAGUGGUCUUUAUGGCAAUCGGAACUGGUUUGCUCACCAUGUUAGAUGUCAACUCUGGCCACGAAGAAUGGAUCGGCUAUCAAGUGAUCCUUGGGGCGGGAGUUGGCUGUGGUCUACAGACGGCAUUCUCGGCACCCCAAACUGCGCUGUCAUUGGAGGAUAUCCCCAUCGGUACCGCUGUUGUCAUAUUCACAGAAAAUCUCGCUAGUGCGGUCUUCGUCUCGGUUGCGCAGAACGUGUUCACGAACCAGCUCAGGACUAACCUGGCCCAAUACGCUCCGGAUGUUGAUGCCACUGCAAUUGUCGCGGCCGGUGCGACUGAAUUCAAGACUCGAGUGCCCAAAGAUCUCUAUGACGCUGUGCUGUUUGCUUACAACAAGGCUCUGGCUCAGACAUUCUAUGUCGGCGUCGCCCUCUCUUGCUUUGGCAUUCUCGGUUUAUUCGGGCUGGAAUGGCUCUCUGUUAAAGGGAAGAAGAUUGAUGAUACUUCUAAUGAUACCCCUAUUACCCCUUGA